AUGGCUGUGAGGAACAAUGGUUUUAGGCUUCCACAAAAGUGUUGGAUGAUCUUAGACAAUGAACGAAGUUUAAAGUGUGGGGCGACUGUCAUUGGUGGUGGAGAAAAAGAGGGUUUGUUGAUAAGAACAUCACAAUUGCAUAGUGCUGCAGGCGUCGGUUCGCUGAAAGAACACAAUGAUGGUUCAUAG